UUAAGCUGCCAUAGUAACAAAAUAAAUGACUAAUAUUUUGAGAUGUGAAUGAAAAUGUAAUAAUUUUUGUAUGGUACAACACAGCCUGUUUGAAAAGCAUUUUCUAUGUAAUAUGCUUUUACCGAACUUGUAAAAACAGUACAAAUUAUGAUUAUGUUUAUAUUUACUUAGAUACAACGCAUGAUUUAUAAUUAUGUAUCUCGUUAUGCAUAAGACAACAAAUUUGUAACAGUUUUUUUAAUUAGGCUUUAUUUGACCACUGCUUCGUAACGCAAUUCGGCCAGCUUACAACCAAGUUUCAAUUUAUAGACAAAUUUUUAACGAUUGCAUCACCCAAUGCACAACCUACCGCAAGUUGAGUUGGCAGGUCUAAUAACGGCUUACCAACUUGCAACAGUGUUAAUUGUUAAUACCUAACAAUUAUCACAACACAGGUUAUUUGUUAAGAUGACCACACCGCAAUGGCAUCCAAAGAACAACCAAACUUUGGUAUGCUAUUCUCUGAAUUUUAGGUUAUGGGUAACAUUUAGCAACAAAACAUGAAAAUGAAUUGUUUGCUAAUAUUUGAUCACUUAAAUGAUAUAAUUUUUAUGAAGUACGACGAUCCAUUUGAAAAUCACAUAAAAAAAUUCGCACUAAGUGAAGGUUUGCUGCUGGAAGGGGAUUUUGACGCUCCUCUAAAUCGGAACAUUAUCAUUCAACUGUUUUCACCUAUUGUAACGUCCCACCGUAUAAUGCAUUGCCAGUUUGGUAACUCGUAUACCUCAAUGAAGUUUAAAGAUGAACUUAAAAUGCUUUUUAAUGAGUUUAUGGGUUACUUAUUCUUGGGCAUGACUUCUGACGAGAAUGAUGGUUUUUUAAACAUUUGCAUAACUUUUGUUAGAUAUUUGUGUGGACCUGAUGUAUAUCAAUUGCUUUUAAAUAAAGAAAGGUGUUCUUUACUCCAUAAAUUAUAUGAUAAUUGGUUAAAAUUAAAAGAGGAUAACCAAGCCUUUUUGGUGGAAGCGCUAGAGCAACUAGUUAUCAACAGCGAUCUCAGCAAUACCUGCCUUGAGGCGCUUAAGGAAUCUGUCACCCAGUUGUCCUUGUAUCAAGAUUUAUCCAGGGUACAUGCAUUAUUGUUGGUAAAAGAUAAAUUUCUGUCAUUGUAUUCAAGUUCAAAUGCCAAACAACUAUCUGCACCUGAUAUUCUUUUUACAAUUAUACUAACACACUGCCGCGGAGAUGUUUUUAAGAAUAUCGAAAGUUACAGAAUCCUCUUGGCAGGGCCUGAGACUGAACCAAAAUGUAUACCCCAUGCAAUUCAUAUUGUUGAAAUUUGUGAUCAGAUGUUUUUGGUCUAUUUGAUGGAAAUAGGAAAUCCAUCAGUUGCAGGCUCGCUCUAUGAUGCAUUUUGUCAUUUGCACACUAUACAAAGUGUUCAGAUACAGCGAGACAAAGAAACACUUCAGCUAGCAUUUGAGAAUCUAGAUUUGGCGACAAAAAAAUUAAACAUUUCUUUAAAAAAAAAUAAGAACACUGAUAUUGAAGCAUCACACAAGCAGUUAAUGAAAAAAUGGGACGUGAUAAAGAAAAAAUAUCAGGAAUAUUUAAAAACUGGAUCCGAAGAGGCAAUACUAAGGGCAGAAACGUUACUUUUGGGGUUUUUAGAGAAUUUGAAACAGUUAUUGACAUUGAGUUCUGUGGAUGAUUCCGUAUUGGAUUUUGGUGCUGAGCACGUUCUGAACAUCAGUCAGAAGGUGAAGAAGGACUUGAGCACCUUCACCGAAUUUUUCACAGUUAAGGGAAUUAAAAAUUUCACCUUUGGAUCAAGAGAUUCCAUAACCAUUAACAAGUAUUUGGAAGAUUUUCCGGGCUUGGUUCACUUUUUGUUUGUCGACCGCAAUACCCAUAGAAUAACAACACCGGCCUUAGAAUGGGAGGAAAAUAAGGCGCAUCUUACAAAGAAGAAGAUUUGGCAGAUGGUGAAAUUUUCGCAGCGACAUUUACAGGAAGGCCACACCAGUUUAAUAUGGAAAGAUUCGGCAUUUACUUGCAGUUUCUUUCUCUGGUUUGAAGACAGUGGAGGAUCUGGUCUGAAAACUACCUCUUCUCCAGGACCAUUUAGGUCGUUUCCUGGUAUCCUGACGGAUCAUUUUUAUACGAAAAUGAAGGAAACUUGUUUUCCCAAAACUUCACCGUUGAAAGUAAAAUGCUUCGAGUUGUUUUGUAUACAUUUGGGACUAGUGACGCCUUCGUGCGUAUUGGAGCAAGCGCGUAGGUUGGCCGCCACUAUUUGGGAACUCAAAGGGUUUCCGAGUAGUGUCGCGGACCUACUCUAGAAUUAAAUCUUCUUAACCAAUUUUCUUGUUAAGUUUUUGUCGUUCCUGUGUUAUUUUUUUAAUUUAUUAUCGCUAAUUUCUCACGAAUUGACCCAUGUCUUAAUUGUAAGUGUCUUUUUAAAUUAUUUGUGCAAUUUUUAAAUCAAAUCAUUUUUCCACUGUAUGUAAUAAUUUUAAAUGUUUGUCAAAAGACAACUUGUGCAGAGCCUCCCUAAAAGGGCUGAACUACACGACCCCUCUGAAUAACCAGAUUUAAUUAACCUAAUUAAAUAGGAUGCAUUUGGCGAAGAUGCAAAAAUAAUUGUCACCACAGUUAGCUGAACGUGACUGAACCUUAUUGUGGAUCAAUUUUUUAAAUACUAGUUUUGUAUCUGUGAUAUUUUAUUUCUCUGAUAUUAAAUUUGUUCGUGUAACUUUUCCCUUAGUAAAAAUUACUUUGAA